AUGGGUUUGGCUGACAGCAUGGAGGGAGGAGCCAUGCAGACCUCGCCGCCUCCAGUGGCUCCUGACAAAUGUAUGAACUGCACUCGGCUCAGCGACAUGAGUGAGCGGCUGACCACGCUGGAGGCCAAGGUUCUCCUGCUGGAAGCAGCAGAGAGGCCCUCGGGCCCGGACAACGACCUGCCGGCCCCCCCAAGCACUCUGCCGCCCUGGAACGAGGACUUCCUCCCUGACGCCAUCCCUCUUGCCCACCCAGGGCCCCACAGGAGAAGGCCCACAGGCCCAGCCGGACCUCCAGGGCAGACGGGACCCCCAGGGCCUGCAGGCCCUCCAGGCUCCAAAGGUGACCGAGGCCAGACUGGAGAGAAGGGCCCAGCAGGGCCUCCUGGGCUCUUGGGACCACCAGGGCCCCGCGGGCUUCCUGGAGAGAUGGGGCGCCCCGGCCCCCCUGGACCUCCUGGCCCAGCAGGCAGCCCAGGCCUCUUGCCAAACAACCCCCAAGGCGUCCUCUACUCCCUGCAGCCACCUACGGACAAAGACAACGGGGACUCACAGCUGGCAUCUGCCAUCGUGGACACGGUGCUGGCAGGCAUCCCAGGGCCCCGGGGUCCCCCCGGCCCACCAGGUCCCCCUGGACCACACGGUCCCCCAGGACCCCCAGGAGCACCUGGAUCCCAGGGCCUGGCUGGCGAGCGAGGUGUGGCGGGGCCGUCUGGCGAACAUGCUGUGAAAGAAGAGGAGGAAAAAGCCACCACAGCAGAGGGCGAGGGGGUGCAACAGCUGCGGGAGGCCCUGAAGAUCCUGGCGGAGAGAGUCCUCAUCCUGGAGCACAUGAUUGGCAUCCACGAUCCUCUGGCCUCCCCCGAGGGGGGCUCUGGCCAGGAUGCUGCCCUGAGAGCCAACCUCAAGAUGAAGCGGGGUGGCCCCCAACCUGAUGGUGCCCUCGCUGCCCUGCUUGGUCCCGACCCUGGGCAGAAGAGUGCUGACCGGGCCAGCGGCAGGAAGUAAAGGCCCAACCCUCCAAGAUGAGCCCCGCUCUGGUCACAGACCCAGCCUGGAGGCCUGCACUGCCAUAGGUUCCUGAGUGCCCUAAGUGGGCCUGGGCUCCAGGCAUGGACAGUUCAGAGGGACGCUGGCACCUGGGGCCUGGGGCCUUGGGGACAGACAGCACCUCCAGGGACAGGGUCCAGAGGGGACCAGCGCCUUCCAAAGAGCCCCUCCCUUGCCCCUGCUCUCCUCCACCCCCACUCCCUGCUGGAGACGGGGUCUGGUGGGUUGGGCGGGGGUAUGUGAGAAUAAUCAUAAUCCUCAUCAUUUAUUAAGCCCUGGCCACGCCUGGGCCUGUCCACGGAGCUUUCCUUGUGUGUCUCAUUUAACCGUUAGGAGUAGGCUUGUUAUCCCCACUUUGCACAGGACUGGGGCUCAGGGGGUACAAAUAACCCACCCGAGGCCACCAGGUCAUGGAUGGGCAGAAUUCGAACCCAGACCUCUCAUUCCCAAAGCUGUGUUCUCUCACCUCUGUCAGCUUUUCCUCUUGAUGAGGAAAUUCAGACGUGGAGGCACAGAGCUGUGAUGGCUUCUGAGGCCUGCAGGGAGGCCGGGCCAGUCCGCGGGAAGAACAGGCUGGGCCCUGCACAGGACACCAAGGCCACAGGCCCUGGGCUCCCUUCCUCAACCCAUUCCCUACCGGCUAGGGGCAGCCUGGCUUCUGGAUGCUCUUGGAGCCCAGAGAGACCCGAAUAAACCACUGACAGUCUAUAGGCCUGGGGACCAUGAGGAAGGAGCCUUGGUGCAAGCGUCUGAACCAUUCCAGCAACACCCACCACUGCCUCCGAUCUUGCUGAGCCCACUGCCCACCGGAAGAGGAAGCGUUCAAUGGCAAGUCCACGGGGAUGAGACCUGCGAUCUCUGUAGGGUCUGCCACAUCUGGUGACACAGCAAGUCCGAUGUCCUUGACAAGCUACAGAGAGGGCCUCAGGCCUGUAGGAAAGGUGCUUCUGCCCUCAGGGCCACGGGCCUAGCAGGUUAUAAGCACACACCGUCCUGGCAGCCCAGGGAAGCUCCGACUGCAGCCCUCAAGGCCUUUCAGGCCCAGGUCUCCUGGUCAAGAUGAAACUAGGUGGCCCCCAUCCUUAAGGCUCCUGUGACCAGCCCAGCCCUGGGGCUCCUCUCUCAUGGGCCAGGAUGGGGGACUCAGCGAUGGCAGCAAACUCCAAGGUGCUGGCACCACCCUGGGGCUCAUCUCCCCAGCGCUCUUGGUGCCCCAUGAGGCCGAGGUCUGGUUCCACUGGGCCCUGGUAGCCUCUCCCUGCCCUCGAGGCCCUGAUGGCCCCUCCCAAGACAGGUCUGGCCCAGGAACCCAGAGAGCAGCCUCCUGCCAGCCUGCCCUGGGCUGCUCUGGGUUCCUGGAGGGGCAGUCAGAGGCGGGCGGGAGGUCAGACCGGCACCACCACCUGUAACGUGGCUAUCGGGUCUGACAAUAAAGGUGCUCU